ACGCUAGAGGCCGCUCCAGACUCGCAGCGCGCACCUCGCCGCCGAGCCGGGUUGGGCUGCACCGGAGGCGGCGGCGCUCGCAGCUGGGCCGGGACUUCCUUCCUCCCGCAGGACAACAAACCCCCGCCGCGGCGCGGAGCUCCCGGCACCCGGCCGGGCGGGAGGCGCGGCGAUGGGCUCCGUGCUGAGCAGCGACGGCGGCAAGUCCGUGCCCGCCUCGGCCGCCCCGCGGGCCCUGGAGCGCAGGCGGGACCCCGAGCUGCCCGUCACGUCCUUCGACUGCUCCGUGUGCCUCGAGGUGCUGCACCAGCCCGUGCGGACCCGCUGCGGCCACGUGUUCUGCCGCUCCUGUAUUGCCACCAGUCUGAAGAGCAGCAAGUGGACCUGCCCUUACUGCCGGGCGUACCUUCCUUCCGAAGGAGUCCCAGCCACGGAUGUGACCAGGAGGAUGAAAUCAGAGUUCCAGAACUGCGCGGAGUGCGGCACCCUGGUUUGCCUCAGCGAGAUGAGGGCACACAUAAGAACCUGUCAGAAGUACAUAGAUAAAUAUGGACCACUACAAGAACUCGGGGAGACAGCAGCAAGGUGUGUGUGUCCAUUUUGUCAGAAGGAACUGGAUGAAGACAGCUUACUGGAUCAUUGUAUUAAUCAUCACAGAUCAGAAAGGAGUCCGGUGUUCUGCCCACUCUGCCGUUUAAUACCCACUGAGAACCCAAGCAGCUUCAAUGGCAGUUUAAUAAGACAUUUGCAAGUCAGUCACACUCAGCUCUAUGAGGACUUCUUAGAUUUCAAUAUAAUUGAGGAAGCUCUUAUCCGAAGGGUAUUAGACCGGUCACUUCUGGAAUAUGUGAGUCACUCAAACACCACAUAAUGUUGUGAAAAGGAGAAGGAAGAAGACCAUACAGUUGCACCAUUUGUUAAGAUGCUGCUUGAACAGCUGGAGGGGCAUUGUCGAUGUCUGAUGGGCAGAAAUGUACAACACAGCUCUCUUGCGUUUUAAAACUGCUUUUAUCUU